AUGAACACGGCAUUCAGCUCCUUAUAUUGUACCAAGAGUCGUUUCGCGUCUGUGGCCACUGUUCGGGGAGCCAGACGGCUUGCGCCUCGACUGCGCUCCAGCCCAUCCCCACUACGGGGUCCACUCCUCGCAAGACAUAUCUCAACCAAAUCUACGGAAGGCUUCGCAAGGGAGCGAAUCAAUAAUGGUACACAAGUCAAAUAUGUCCUGCUUCUUUCCACCGCCGCCACGCUCAGCUGGCUCCUCUACGCUCAACAGCAAGGCGCUGUCCGGCUAGACAGCGACAAGAAAUACUCCACCCACCCGGACCCCUUAGCUCCCAAAAACGGGAUUCAAGAUGCACAGAACAAGACUCCCAAAUCCCUAGAUGAUUUGGACCUCCCGACAGAGAAAGCGAUCCUCACCACCGCCCCCAACGUCCCCCCACCGAUCACACGCGACUACCCAGUGCUCCUAGACGUGGACCUCACAACCGUCAGCAAACUGGAGCAACUAACCAACCAAUACAAAUACGAGAAAUGGACAUUCAACAACAGCGUCCCGGGGCCGUUCAUCCGGGCGCGCGUCGGCGACGUCGUCAACCUGAGAAUAACCAACCACGACGAAUCGGGCAUGCCGCACAACAUCGACUGCCACGCCUUCGUGGGACCCGGG